AUGGACUUACGGGCCAAGCGUCAGCCUUGCCAGAUUUGUGGCACGGUAACCCAGAGUAUUGGCUACAAAGCCUUCGUAUGUGGAGCUUGUUCCAUUUUUUAUCGUAGGUAAGGCUUUUUACGACAUAUCAAGGCACUAAUUGUACAUACUUUUUGUAUAUUAACCUUUUAUAUAAACGACAAAGCUGUUCAAAUAAUUUUGUGCCCACUCUCACAGCAAAUUUUCGCAGCUGAUAUUGUACUAUCUAUAUUAUAAGAUACCUAUUACAUUGAAUUAUAAUACCUACUACAUUACAUUGUACUUAAAUUCAGGAACUUCCGAAACAAAGACCGUAUUUUCUGUCGAAAGAAUGGUAAUUGCGACUUACAAGUGGGUAAGUAUGAUCGUAUCAAGUGUUCAUUAUAGUAUUAUGUAUGCAAUUCUUAUACUCUUAAUUACUGUGUGACUCUCGGCUGAUAAAACUGGGUUUUAUGUAUUUAUAAUAUGUAAAAAAACUUAGCUUUUACUUUGGAAUUAAAGUGUAAAGCAUGAAGUUAAAACAUUUUGUUACCUAGUUAUCUUAAUUGAUACAUUCUUUUUAUAAUUACAGUAUUAUCUCUUGUAAAAUCUUAUAAACACGAGUUUAGAGAUUUAUAAACAUAAUUUAUAAAUACUUUUUAUAUCCUAUAUAGCAUGAUAUACAUCAUAGUUUUAACAAAAGUAAUGUUUAUGGUUAAAGUAGUAAUUGUAAUGUACAUUUACAUAUAUGGUAUGUUAUUAUACCUUAUAUAAGUAUAUUAUUAUACUACAUAACAUCAUGGCUUAAAAUAACUAUUUCUAAUCAUAUACAGUCGAACCUCUGUCAUUAUAAAGAGCGUGCUAUGCUAUCGAUGGUCAUACUAAAGAUGUUUUACUGUACGGCAUUUUAACGUACGACUUUGCCCUAACAUUAGCAUGUCUACGUUUAUAUCUAUAAAUACACCUAAGUUAACAUGCUAUGUUCAAUGUAAUGUAUUUAAAACAAAAAAGCUUACAUACGUACAUAAGAUUUACCGUAUGGCCACAUUCAUCUGUGUAUACGUUUGUGGUGAUGUAUUAUCACACUUUGUAAGGUUUCUAGACAAAAUGACAUUUGUUUUUUGACCUUGAGAUUAAGAUGUAUACGUUGUAUAUUUUUAAAAUGAAUUUGUACUCAGUAACUGACAGUCUUCUUAGUGAGUCACGUAUUACUGACAGUCUUCCUAAUGAGCCAUUUAUGAGGUUGUUCAUACUAUUCUGUGCCCUCUAACUAGGGGUGAGAAACGGGCCGUCUAGGCCCGGCCCGGCGCUACGAUCGGGCCGGCCUUGAGUUAAAAUUGAAACGGACCGGGCUUGAAAAUUGGGCCCGGGGCCGAAAAUUUUUAUUUUAAUCCCCGUUGAUGUUUUUUGAUUUUAUUGGGUACCAUGAUACAUAAAUGAUCUAAAAGAACAAUGCAAAGCCAAAUUUCCGUUUAUUUUUUAAGUUUUAAAAUUUUUUAAAACGGGCCGGGCCGGGCCUAGAAAUUUUCUGACCGGGCCGGGCCGGCCUGAGAUAAAAAUGAAAACGGGCCGGGCCUCGACUUUGGGCCCCGGGCCUGGGCCUAAAAAGUGGGCGCGGCCCUUUUCUCACCCCUAACCCUAACCACAAAAAUUUGCAUUGAUACGGAGCACAGAAUUAUUCGAACAACCUAUUAAUAUAAGUAAUACGUAUGUUAUAACAUAGAUGAAUAUUACACAUAUAAUACUUUAAGAAAUACAGUAAUUACACUUAUUACCUUGAGAAAUACAGUAAUUAGUACAUGUUAUCAAAAAUGUAGGAUAUAGUUAUAACAUGUAACACUACAAUACACAUUUUCAAUAAUAAAAUAUAGAAGUAGUUAUGUUGCUAUUAUAUGUACAAAGUAUAUUGUAGUAGCUUUAAAAGCCUGUAGAUAAAAGUUGUGUAGAAGGUUACAAGUUAAAACAGAGCAUAUACAAAUUGCAUAACUUUUAAUCUUGUUAACUAUACAUUUUAAGCAUACAAAGUCACAUACAAAACUACACAUGUACAUAUAGAACAUCUAAUGUUACCUACAAUACUAUAUAUGCCUUACAAUGCAAUGCGUAUAUCUAAAAGACAUAAAAUUCUAGAUAUUAACCUAUCCCAGAACCUAAAGAUUAAAAUAUUGUACAUACUUUACUUUUCAGGUAACCGCAACGGCUGUCGUGGCUGUCGCAUGAAGAUGUGUAGAAGCCUAGGCCUUCGUAUGGUCGGUAACUCAUUAGUAAUACAAUGUAAUGGCUACCCCAAAGACGACAUUGAAGAUGACAGUCAUCUUUCCAUAGUAAAAGCUGGUGAUGACUUGCCUACAACGUCUACUGCACAUACUGGUAUAUAUGAAGAUGGUAAAGCUUAUGAAGGUAACAACCAUGGUAAUGUUAAUAGUAACAAACAUAGUAGUCUUAAUAAUGGCGGUCAUACAGUAACUAAGCUUACCAACCCUAGUAGUACAAGUAGUAUUAGUACUGACCUGUCGUAUGCUUUUUCAAAUACAAUACCAAGCUCAGCCGGUAUACUUUUAAGUAAUACUGAUAUGAAUUCACAGUAUCAAUCAAAUAGUACUGUAGCUAAUUCUACCUACAAUAUUGAUACAUCUACUACAACGAACACUAGCCUCAACAAUAUCACACAAGCCUACAAAGACAAUUUACCACCUAAAACAUAUCAAAACACAAUAAUUACUGUAAAAAAUGAACCACAUGAAGCUAAAUACGACUCUACACAAAACAAUUCACAAAGUGAUGCUACUAUGUCAUCUAUUCCUACCAUGCCAUGUAGUAUACAGCCAUCUACUCAUGCCAUUUCAAAUAAUAUACAACCAUCUUCAAGUACCAUGCCAAGUAUAUCGCCGUCAACAAGCACCCUAAUGCUAUCACAACUUCACCACAACCUAUCCUACAACAUACCACACUGCGGCAUCAACAAUAGGCUUGACAUGGCCAACAACAUGUUUCCCAAUGGUACACGAAUACCUAGCUGCAUGCUAGCUAACAGUACUCACAUUCCAAACAGUAUCCUGGCUGCUAAUAGCCAUGGAGCAAACAAUAUAAUAGCUACAAGUGCUAACGUAUCACACUCAAAUUUACUACCCAAUGUUAACAUACCAAACAGCAUCUUAUCACAACAUAAUAAUAUUCCAAACACUACGCCAAGUAAUACUAACCUUACCAUGCCCCAUACUUUCCAAAUCCCAACCAUAGAACCGGAAACCAGCCAUCGUAUGUUCAGUCAUCUCAGCAACUCCUCAACAUAUUCACCACCCUCAGUAAACUCCUCUACCGACCUUAACACAGCCCCAAACUCAGUCCAACCAACCUUUAAUCUUGGCAGUGGUCUCCAGAUGUUCACGGCCAUGGAGAACGAACUCAUUGACGACUUCUUCGUCGAUGCUGUUGUAGGCUUGAAGCCAGCAUGUGAUCCUCAAUAUUCUUCCAGUGCCGUAGGUAUUGAUCCAAAUGUAUCUCCUAUUCUGGCCAAAGCUGUUCAAGUCUUUCAACGUUUCGAAGAUCGACAAUGUUGUUUGUCAAGCAUCUGUAAAGGAUCGGAGGUGAAGAUGGACAGUGAUUAUGUCUACAUCAAUAUGCCAUUGUACUCGAUUAUGGAAAACAGGACAUUGAGAUUGGUUUGCAGAGUGAUUACGGAGCUUAUGGCCAAUAUUCCGAGGUUUGGCGUGCCUGAACGAGUAAGUUAUUCAGUAUUUCAGUCAAAAUAUUGAAAUCUAAGAUAUUAUUAGGCAAUAAAUAGGUAUAAAACGCAAGAGAAAAGAUUAAGCUAAAACAUAAAAUCAUAAUUUAUCUAUUUCUUGUCCAUUUUAGUAAAAUACCGCACAAUGUUUCAUCAAAAAAUAGAUAAUUUCCCUCCGAAAAGGAUAAAAUUAUAUUUUUCCAUUGAAUCAAUAGUUGCAACCCGUUGUUUUCGGCCGGUAAACGAAAAAUUAAACAAAGAAAACUAUUGUCAAUUUGAAGUACUAAAACCUUAAUUGAGUUCUAUAAAAUAAGCCUAAAAAAUUAAUUUUGAACUUUCAGGCCCAAAUUUUAAAAUCGACUUUGCUGGAGAUUUCAUCGACUUACAAAUUAUGUCUAACCAGCCGGUUCUUCCCCGAAUUUACCGACAAACAUAUGGCCAUAUUCCCUGGCUUUUACUGUCGUACUGACGAGUUUGUGGGCUUUAUGAAAAAGGACUACAAUAGGACCAAACAGUAAGAUAUAUAAAAAUUGUAUAAAAAUUAAUGAGCUAUGGGUGGUGUUUUCAAAAAAUUAGAAAAAACUUUUUUUUUCUUUUUCAUAGUUUGAUUCUUUUAAAAUAACAAUUAAAGUAAAAUAAGUCUAUUACAUAUACGUUACAGUGUUUUGAAACCGUUAUGGGAGGUUGGGAGCACGGUGAUCAAUAGGUUUCGCUAUGUUAAGCCAAAUUUCACCGAAAUGUCAAUGUUAUCGGCCGCUUUGGUUUGGGAAAACAGUAAGUUUCGACAAGUUAUUACCUAAAUUACUUCUAAAAAUAGUUUUUUUAUUUUUGGAUAAAAUAGUAAGAUAUAAUUUUCAAAUACUCCAAAGAAAUGGACUUAAGUUAUUAUGUUAGACAAAAACUUUGCAAAAAUUAUCAAAAACUGCAUUUUAAAAUCAAUUUUUAAUGCUUAAACCAACAAAAUUUUAGUCGAACGUCUAAACCUGAUCAACGAUGAAGCUGCCAACGCCCGUGACACUCUUUACCUCGAGUUCCAUCGUCAUUUAGUCAAGACUCAUGGUGAAGCUCAUGGUCCAAUUCGAAAUGCCCGAUUGAUGUCGCUAAUGUACGACAUCAAAUCGUACUGUGCUACGUACGAAGAGUCGUUCUCCUUAAUGGGCGUCUUUCUACCAGUCGACCGUGACUGUUUCUGGAUGUCCAAACCUCAGAUUUCGGAUUCUCAACUCAUGAAUCUGGCUACAGAAGACGACGAAGCAGAUGAAUUGGGCUACAAUGCGAAUGCUAAUACUGUUAAUAGUUAA